GAUCUCGAGAAGUCGUGGUGGCUGUCGCUGCUGCGCCGCUGCCACCAGCCCGAGGCGCCGCCGUCGUGGCAGCCCGGCUUCUGGCCGCGCCUCUGCCCGCCGCCGCUGUGCCCCUCCUACCGGAGGGUGGCGCGCCUGCUCGCGCUCGCCAUCAUCCUGCUGCUCUGCUGGGCCGUCGCCUUCACCGUCAUAGGCCGCGACGCCGCUCCAGGGGGCCAGCUGUUCCAGCUGGCAGUGCUGGCGCUGGCGGCGCACGUGGGCGGCUGGCUGGCGACGCUGGUGCGGCUGCCCGCGCUCGUCGGCAUGCUGCUGGUGGGCAUCGCCUGCCAGAACCUCGGCCUCUUCCACCUCGAGGACGCCUACGAGGAGGUCUGCUCCGUUCUCAGGCACGUGGCGCUGGUGAUCAUCCUGACUCGCGCGGGCCUCGACCUGGACCCCCCGUCGCUGCGGCGGCUGGCGGUGCACGUGCUCAAGCUGGGGCUGGUGCCCUGGGUGGCCGAGUGCGCCGUCGUCACCGUGGCAACGGCCCUGCUGCUGGGCCUGCCCUGGAUCUGGGCCUUCCUGCUCGGGUCUGUGGUGGCGGCCGUUUCGCCAGCGGUGGUGGUCCCCUGCCUCUUCAGGCUGCGAGUGAAGGGCUACGGCGUGGCCAAGGGCAUCCCCACGCUCAUCAUCGCCAUCUCCGGAAUAGACGACGCCGCGUCCGUGGCAGUCUUCGGGGUCGUGCUCAGCGUCAUGUUUUCGCAAGGCAGCUUGGCGUACCAAAUCGCGCAGUGCCCCGUGUCCGUCGUCGGUGGCAUCGGCUAUGGCGUCGCUUGGGGCUUCCUCGCCAAGUACAUCCCCGAGAAGGCCGACCCGUUCGUGGUGCCGCUGCGCGUGCUGAUGCUGCUGGGGGGCGGUUUGCUGGCCGUGUUCGGCAGCGAGGCCAUCGGCUUCGACGGCGCCGGGCCUCUGGGCUGCGUCGCCGCCGCCUUCGUGUCCUGCGUCUCGUGGACCAGCCAGGGCGUCGACGUCGAAGACAACCCUGUUGCCACAGCGUUUGAGAUAUUUUGGAUGAUUUUUGAACCGAUCCUAUUCGGCAUAACAGGCACACAGAUAAAGUUCAGUGAACUGGAGGGAGACGUUGUGUCACUGUGCGUUGCUUGCCUCAUAACUGCUUUCGUGUUACGUAUUUUGGUGACGAUUCUCGUGGGAUUCGGUAGCAAGCUCAAUAACAAAGAAAAGAUUUUUGUCGCUCUGGCCUGCAUGGCUAAAGCCACAGUGCAGGCGGCGCUGUGCCUGCAGCCGCUGGAGAAGGUGCAGGCGUCCGGCGGCUCCGAGGAGGAGCUGCGGUACGCGCAGCUGGUGAAGAUGACGUGCGUGCUGGCCAUCCUGCUGACGGCGCCCACCGGGGCCGUGCUCAUCCUGCUGACGGGCCCGCGGCUGCUGACGCGCCUCUCCAAGUCUCGGCCCGGCAGCUGCCGCCACAGCCACAGCGGCCGGCCCUCCCUCCGGGACAUCUCCAUCGUGGACGACGACCGCGAGCCGGACCUGGCUCCGUCCAGGGCCGUGCUGGGGCCCCACGAGAUAGCCGCUGCCUAGCCGACGCGGCAGCUCAGUCGUGUCUACCGUACUCCACACUGCUUCUGGGGCCAACCGACGUCCCAACGAAUCACAUCCAAUAACGGCUCGUUUCUUACAAGUGGUUCCAGUAUGGUCUGAGUCUUUGGGACCCUAUCUGGACGCUUCUCUCACAUUUUCAACUCACUUCUGGACUUCUUCGUGUUUACUAAUGAAUCCCACCUUACUUGUUACUGCCAAAUACAAGUAGAGCUCUUACUUUACAGCCCAAAAAGUUAUAUUGUAAGCGGAAUUAAAAUAUACAAUAGGCUUACUGUCGUUUCAGUCGCUUAUGUCUUUCUACCUAGACCCCAAGUAUUACAAAAACUUGUUUUGCUAAACGAAUUUAACGCGCUGAAAUGAAUGGAUGGAUCCAGAUUGUGACGCAUAAAUUUUCGGUGCCUACAGUGUCACGUCUUUCGGUGUCACACAAAUUUUUGUUUUUAA